AUGCCUUCACGCCGUGUUAGCUUUGGGAUGAAUCGUGUGACUGACUAUGGCAGUCCUCCGCCUGAGAAAAGAAGCAAGAUCAACUCAUGCCGGGAGGCCAUGUUUGGCGAGAGGGCCCGAAAAUGGGCUUUCUUCUUCAUCGUCGCAUUUCUUGCCUGCCUAACCAUCAAGGACGUCGUCGAUCUGGUUAUCGAAUACUGUGAUGAUCCAAAGGAUUCCAAUAUGAACAUCGUGUUCAACGAUUCGAUGACGAUGCCUAACGUGACGUUUUGCAUGUCGAAGAAACAAGCCUGGAGUCAUUUUAAACUCAAUGAAAGCGCAUUCCGCGAAGAAUGGGAUAUGAUAGUUGACGAAUCUCUCGCCAAUAUGACAGACCACGACAGUUUCUUGACAAAAAUGUGGGACUAUCGCCUUGUCAUGGAAGCUUACGAUAUGAUCGCCACAUACAACAGUCUCGAGCGCGAAUCACAUGCUCAUGGCUCGGCUAGGGCCAAUAAAUAUGUAUCGAACGUCACCACGAUUUGCUGGAAAACGAGCAAUGUUCAAGAAAUGGGCGGAAGUGCUCGAGUCACGGAAUGUAACUUUCGAGAAUUUUACUCAAAAGGCCGGCACAGGAAGUUCUCCGUCGUUCCAUGCAGCGUUUCCUGCGCACCACCUUCAAUGAGGACUUGGUCAUCAAGACCAAAUUGA